AUGUCUUUCAACGCCAAUGGCACAGCGCAUAGGCGCAGUAAUCCCUUUGCCAGAACAGCUUCUGCCUCCCCAUCUACGAAUGGCAGUCUCCGACCUAAAUCCGCCAUCUUUUCAUCCUCAUCAUCCAUUCCCGGCCUCUCCACACACAAUCGAACACAUUCGAACGGAUCGAUGUCAACAAUAGCCCAAGGAGUUCCUGGUGCAGUGACAAGACAGCAUCGUAGUGACUCUAAGAGCGGGACCCCAACGUCAACAACUUUCGCACCGUCAUUCAUCAAAACGGAGGAGAUGAGCCGAAGCAAUGAUACAGUUAAAGGCAUCGAAGGCGAGAACGACUUCUCCGGGAAACGCUAUGUUUGGCUUAAAGAUCCACAAACGGCGUUUGUGAGAGGGUGGAUUGUGGAGGAGCUGGAAGGGGACCAAAUACUCGUUCAAUGCGACGAUGGCACUCAAAGAGAAGUUGAUUCUGAGAGUGUCGAUAAAGUAAACCCUGCCAAGUUCGACAAGGCAAACGAUAUGGCCGAAUUGACACACUUGAACGAGGCAUCCGUCGUCCAUAAUCUUCACAUGCGAUACCAAGCCGAUUUAAUAUACACAUACUCGGGUCUUUUCUUAGUUACUGUCAAUCCUUAUGCGACAAUUCCUAUAUACAGCAACGAUUACAUCAACAUGUAUCGUGGACGAAACAGAGAGGAUACGAAACCUCAUAUCUUUGCCAUGGCGGACGAAGCUUUCCGGAACCUUGUCGAGGAAGGCAAGAACCAGAGUAUCUUGGUUACAGGUGAAUCUGGUGCUGGAAAGACUGAGAACACAAAGAAGGUCAUCCAGUAUCUCGCCGCUGUUGCUCAAGCAGAUUCGACAGUCAAGAACAAGGCCCAACACUCCACACUCUCACAACAAAUCCUGCGCGCCAAUCCGAUCCUGGAGGCCUUUGGAAACGCCCAGACCGUCCGCAACAACAACUCGUCACGAUUUGGCAAGUUCAUACGUAUCGAAUUCACGCGAAAUGGUGCCAUUUGUGGCGCCUAUAUCGACUGGUACUUGCUUGAGAAGUCUAGAGUUGUCCAUAUCAACCCACAUGAACGAAACUAUCAUGUAUUUUACCAACUUCUGAAAGGCGCCAGUCCUGGUUUGAAGAAAGAGUUUCUGAUAGAUGGUCUUACGGUUGAGGACUUCAAUUAUACUCGAGACGGUCACAACACAAUCGUGGGUGUUUCAGAUCAAGCGGAGUGGGAGUCUCUCAUGGAAGCAUUCAAUGUAAUGGGAUUCUCCGAUGAUGAACAGAAAUCCAUCUUGCGGACCGUGGCCGCUGUGUUGCAUCUGGGUAACAUCAGCGUGGUCAAGGAGAGUCGAGCCGCAGACCAGGCCCGACUCGCAGCAGAUGCGAAAGCUCAGGCUGCGAAAGUCUGCAAGCUGCUUGGUGUACCUCUAGAACCUUUUCUCCAAGGCUUGCUCCACCCCAAGGUCAAAGCAGGCCGUGAAUGGGUUGAGAAGGUUCAGACCCCUGAGCAAGUUCGUCUCAGCUUGGACGCUCUCUCAAAAGGUAUCUAUGAACGUGGUUUUGGUGAUCUUGUCACCCGUAUCAAUGGCCAACUAGAUCGGACUGGCAUGGGCAUGGACGAUUCACACUUUAUCGGAGUACUCGAUAUCGCCGGUUUCGAGAUUUUCGAACAAAACAGCUUCGAACAGCUAUGCAUCAACUACACCAACGAAAAGCUGCAACAAUUCUUCAACCACCAUAUGUUUGUCUUGGAGCAGGAGGAGUAUGCACGUGAGCAAAUCGAAUGGAAGUUCAUCGACUUUGGACGUGAUCUGCAACCAACGAUUGAUCUGAUCGAGUUGUCGAACCCUAUUGGUGUCUUUUCUUGUCUUGACGAAGAUUGUGUUAUGCCCAAAGCCACAGACAAGUCCUUUACUGAGAAGCUUAAUUCUCUCUGGGACAAGAAGUCUAACAAGUACCGUCCUUCGCGCCUUGGGCAGGGCUUCAUUCUCACCCACUACGCAGCCGAAGUAGAGUACUCUACCGAAGGUUGGCUCGAGAAGAACAAGGACCCCUUGAAUGAUAAUAUCACCAGACUUCUCGCCACCUCCACCAACAAGCAUGUUGCGACUCUCUUCUCUGAUUGCGCUGAAUCUGAGGAAGAUCGUGCCACCGGCAGAGGUCGAGUCAAGAGAGGACUCUUCCGCACAGUCGCCCAAAAACACAAAGAGCAUCUUCAUAGUCUCAUGUCACAGCUCCACUCCACACAUCCUCAUUUCGUCCGAUGUAUUCUUCCUAACCACAAAAAGAAGCCAAAGCAAUUCAACAACCUUCUGGUUCUCGACCAGCUUCGAUGUAAUGGUGUGCUGGAAGGUAUCAGGAUUGCACGGACGGGCUUCCCGAACAGACUUCCUUUUGCUGAGUUCCGACAGCGAUACGAAGUCCUUUGCCAAAAUAUGCCUAAAGGCUAUCUUGAGGGCCAGGCCGCCGCAAAUCUCAUGCUCGAAAAGCUCGGACUUGACCGCGCUUUGUAUCGAGUUGGCUUGACCAAGGUCUUCUUCCGCGCUGGUGUUCUCGCCGAGCUUGAAGAGCAGCGCGAUGCCCUUAUCACUGAGAUUAUGUCCAGAUUUCAAUCUGUCGCUCGGGGAUUUAUUCAGAGACGGGCGGCCUAUAAGAGACUAUUUCGAACAGAAGCCACCAGGAUCAUCCAGAGAAACUUCAAUGUUUACCUGGAUUUGGCUGAAAACCCUUGGUGGCAGCUGGUUGUCAAGAUGAAACCCCUACUUGGUACCACUCGUACUGCCACCGAAGUCAAGCGGAGAGACGAAAUGAUCAAGGAUCUCAACGAAAAGAUGAGGUUAGAGUCCGAGAAUCGCACGAAGCUUGAGGAAGAGCGCCGCAACUGUCACGCGGAAAUGGUUCGCAUCCAGCAAACCCUGGAGAGCGAGCGCGCGCUUGCUCUGGACAAGGAGGAAAUCUUCAAGCGACUUCAGCUUCGAGAAGCAGAGCUUGAGGAAAAGCUCGCGGGUGCGAUUGAAGACCAAGAGAGGCUAGAAGACGAGCUUGACGAUCUCCUGGAUGCCAAGAAUCGUGCCGAAAAGGAUGUGGAAACAUAUCGCUCUCAGCUGGAGCAAGCUGCUACUCUCAUCGCCAAACUUGAGGAAGAGAAGAAAACUCUGGGCGCAAAGGUGACUGAGCUUGAACAAUCGAUCUCUGACUUGGCUCAAAAGCAAACAGAGAGCAGCGAGCAGGAACUGGCCCUUCAGGAUGAAAUCAAGAUGCUUCAUAGUCAGUUGGCAGUGAAGGAACGAAAGGUCCAAGACCUGGAGACCAAGCUAGUCAAGAUUGACCAAGAUUUGGAGGUGAAGCUUCACGCUGCUCAGAAAGAAGUUCAAUUAACCAAACUUCGGGAAAGCCAACUAUCUCGAGAUAACGAAGACAUUCAGCAGCAACUCAACGAACUCUCAAAGACGUGCGCUGAUUAUGAGGAUCUUGUACGACAGAAGGAGAGUGAACUUGCCCUUCUACGAACCGACAAUAAAAACUUGGAAAGUGAACGCCACUCUCUGGAGGACCAGAGAAACUCCUUAGCUGCGGAGAAAGAAAAGAAUGCCGAGAAGUACCAUGAAGCUCAAGCCGAACUCGUGGCAAUGAAGUCUCGACAAUCGCAACUGGAGCGGGAGGCAGAAGAUGCGAAGAACCUGCUUGAAGCACGACUAUCCGAGGAUGCUCAAGCCGACCAGAAUCGGCAAGUUAUUGAGUCGCAAAUCAAGGAUCUCAAGGAUGAGCUAUACAAGACACAGAUGGAGCUGAGUCGAGAGCGCCAGUCCCGAGAUGAUGUUCAGCUCCUCGGCGAGCACCGUUAUCAAGAGCUGAAGGACGAAUUCGAUCGCCUCAAUGAGUCCAAGAUCAUUAUCGAGAAGGAGUUGUAUGCCCAGCAGGACACCCUUCGCAGAACGAUGGAAGCUCGAACCACUGCCGAAAAGGAACGAGAUGAGGCCAGGCAAGAAAUCCGACGCCUUCGAGUGGCAAAGACGCAGGCUGAAGAAGCAAGGAUGCAAGCCGAAGUCGCCGGUGAGCGACAAGCUUCCAAGGCUGCCCAGGACCGCGAAAACAGUCUUCGCAAAGAUCUUGACGCAGCUCAGGAACGGCUCCAGUGGUUCGAAGGAGAGUGUGCUAAGCUCAACCACCAGAUUGAGGACCUCAACAAGCUGAUUCUUGAGUCGGGCGAAUUUGGCUUGAAAAAUGACCAGGCCAAAGAAAGACUCGAACGUGAAUUGAGCACAGUCAAAAGCCGCCUAACGGCAUCGGAGAACGACAACAGAGCCUUGUUGAACAAACUGCAACAGAAGGGUUUGGAGAUUGCUCGCUCAAGUUCGCGUGCAAGUGAAGCAUCUCGAGGUCAGAUUCUGUCUCUUCAACGUGAAAAGGCGAGACUGGAGGAACAAAAUACGAAGUUGAACAAACAACUGGGUGAUUCUCAACUCGCCAUUGCGUCACUCGAAAAGAGAGCCGAGAAACUCCAGCUCAACUUAGAAGACCUGAGUCAUGAGGUUGCCCGCGAAGUCAAGUCAAGCAGGAAUGCCGAGAAAGCAACUUCUACAUUUACCGCGCAGCUGGCUGAAGCUAACCGCACAAUUGAGUCAGAGCGACAACUUCGAACUCAAGCUCAGACAACUGUUCGUACGUUGCAAAGCUCUGCGGAUUCGCGAGACAAGGAACUCAAUGAGCUGCGGGCACAGAUGCUCGACGUUCUGAGGACCGUCGACCCCGAAGUACAUAUCCCGCCUCAGACAGAUGGGUCAGACGAGAAGAUGCUUAUCCAGAACUUUGACCUUGUACGAAAGGUUGAAGAGCUUCAGCAGAACCUGCGGGUGCAGACGGCUGCUCGAACAAACGCCGAGAACCAACUGACGGAGAUGAGAGCGACACGCAAUGAAUCUCCUACCCGACCCAAACUCGAGGAAAUCCAGCUUAAUGAGGCACCUUUCCAAGGAUCACCAACUCAAAAGAGAGCGGCCAAGCUUCAUGCUCGCAACUACUCCAAUACCUCAACCCCCACGCGUCGUUUCCAGGAUGUGGACCACCUCCAAGACUCAACACGUUCUGAUCGAACAGUUGAUACUCUCAACUUCAACAGUCGUAUGGACUUGAAGGCGGAAGUCGAGGAGCUUCAGAACCAGCUUCAAUUGAAGGAGAUGCAAAAUCGACAUCUUCAGAACCAGAUCGAUCGAAGUACACCUACGCCAGAGAACAACGACGAUCAAAGUCCAUCUCUGCGCCGUAUUCAGAAGCUCGAAAUGGUCAACACCCGUCUUCAUGAGAUGCUCGAUGACUCUAGCAAGAAGGUGUCUGCUCUUGAGCGCACCAUUCGAUCUGGACAGCUCUCGAUUCGAGAUGUCCAGACCCGAACACAUGAAGAGAUCUUGGAGGUUCUCAACAGCCAAGAGGAUUCUCGACGAGCCUUGGUCCAUAGUCAUAAGGAUGCUGUGGCGGAGUUGACCGACAUCAAGGGUCACUUUGAGAGACUACGCCACGACCGCGCAAAGGCAGAAGUUGAACUUCGCGAUGUUAAAUCCGAUCUACAAGAGAUGACCUUGGCGAGAGAACAGGAGGCGCAGAGCCGUAACCAACUCCUCCAGGAGUUUGCCGACAUGCAAAUCCGACUUGACGCAGAGACCUCAAAGUUUGCCGACGUCGUCUCCAGCUUGGAAAUGUACAAGAGCCGAUCCGAUGAAUACUUCAGCAAGCUUGAACAGGCUGAGAUCGCCGUCCUUAAGGCAAGCCGUGCCGAGCAGUUUGCCAGGUCUCAAGCGAAGGAGGCUGAAGAUACCUACAUAGAGGUCAUGGCCGAGCGUGAGAAGAUGGAUGCUAGCAUUGAGGAUCUCCAGCGCCAGAACCAGCACCUUGAGGAGAAGGUGGAAGAUAUUUCAACAGACCUGGCGACCGCUACUCAGGCUAAAAAGCGACUUCAGCAUGAGCUAGAGGACUACCGAAACCAACGGGCUAUGGAGAUUGAGGACAAGGAAUCGAGCAUGGAACAGACUCGUAAGAAGUAUCAAGCUGAGUUUGCUACUCUGACCAAUGAGCUUGAUCUUGCCCGCGAGGAGAAGCUUUACAAGCAAGCCGAGAUCGCUCGACUUCGAGAGGAGCUCGACGAGUUGAGGUCGAAAUGGGAUGACGAAGUUCUCAACAGCUCGACAUGGUCCAAGGAGAAGGCUCGCUUGGAGUCAACAUUGGCAGAUGUUGUUUCCUCUCGUGAUGAGGCAGUCAACGCACACAACGAAGCACAAGGCAAGGUUGUCUCCCUCUUGUCACAAGUUCGUACUCUUCGCACUUCUGUGGAUGAGAUCACUGGAGAGCGAGAUCACCUUCUCCGGGAAAAGCGAAAUGUUGAGGCCCGCCUCGAGGAGGCCAAGCAAGGCCUGGAGGAUCUUGUCAAGGGAGAGAGUCCAUCUUUGCGCAACGCCGCCAACAUGGAUAAGGAAAUUUUGGAGCUCAAGUCGAACCUUGCUCAGCAAGAAGACAUUGCGGCUGCUGCUUUUGAGAAGAUGCGCCGCGCUGAAGCUCUUGUGACCGAGAUUCAAAAGGAUGUUAUGGUUGAGCGCGAAAACAGCAUCAAGCUGCAGCAACAGAAGGCCUCGCUAGAGAAGAUUCUAAACGAGGCUCAGCUCAAGCUCGUCGACCUCGAGACCAAGGGUUACUCGAGUGCCAGCCAGGAUGUCAAGUUCUUGCACAAGCGCAUCCAGGAGCUCGAAUCCCAACUUGAAGAUCAGGAGACUGAACGUAGCAAGUCUCAGCGCUCCGUCCGAAACGUGGAUCGUAUUGUGAAGGAUAUGCAAGGUCAGAUUGACCGCAAAGACAAGCAAAACAUGCAGCUCUCCGAUGAUGUCUCGAGGAUGCGCGACAAGGUCGAGAAGCUUCUUCAGACAAUCGAGGAGUUACAGUCGUCUGAGUCCAACAGCCAGUUGUCGGCUCGACGAGCUGAGCGUGAACGCAGGGAGGAGAAGGAGAGGAUUAUUCGACUGGAACGUGAACUGGCAGGGCUGAAGAACCUGCGCAACGACAAGGGGUCAAACAGCGUUAUGGGUAGUGUCCGCAGUCGCAUGGGCCCCUGGCGGGUCAGUGAAGGAGAUGAUGCGUCCAUGAUCGACGUCCCUAGACGGAAGAGCAGCCUUAGCAGGGUUCCCAGCUUUACCAAGGGAUUCCUAUAA